CACUGCUCCGGCUCUUUGAGCUGAGAUUCCUGCCUCUCACAGCUGUGGAGACGAGAUGUCGGAGCCGCUGCUUUAACAAGCCGCCUUUUGACGCGGCUAACGUGGCACCAACCUCAAGAUUCAAACUCUGCUUGUGCUGGAUGGCAGCUGGCAGUCGUCUUCAAGCUCAGACACGAGGAGAAGAGAAUGAAGAGUUGAUUCUCCAGGUCGGGGACGUUUAUUUUUUCCAAAGCAUCAGUAUUUUUUUACAUUUUUUUUCCUUCUACAGCCAGAGUAGAGCGUGACUUCGCUGACCUCUGAGCUGACGAUGAACGUGCUGUCGAACACAGCUGCCAGGGCCCAGGAGCAGUCGCUGCCUCUCUGUGGCCCCGGGUCGGUGCACGACCUGCCCCACUGCCCCCCGGGGUUCGGUCUGAACUCCCGCCUGACUGCGGCACCGCUCCUCGGCUUGCAGGGCGGCGCGAGAGCCGCCAAGCCCCAGAAGGAGCUGAGUCCUGAGGAGCAGCAGGAGCUGAGGCGGAAGAUCAACUCCAGGGAGAGGAAGAGGAUGCAGGACCUGAACGUCGCCAUGGACGCCCUGAGGGAAGUCAUGGUGCCUUACGCUUCCUCCUCCUCCUCCUCCUCCUCUCCCUCUCAGUCCCACGCGCCCGGGGCCCCGCCGGGCCGCAGGCUCUCCAAAAUCUCCACCCUGGUUCUGGCCAGGAACUACAUCCUCCUCCUGGGCUCGUCUCUGCAGGAGAUGCGGCGGCUGCUGGGUGAGGUGAGCAUCGGCAUGGGGGUGAACGCUGGGCCUGUCCCCCGGCUGCUGUUUGCCGGUGGGUGGCCCCUCAUUGCGGGGCCCGGCCAGCUCCUCCUCACCCACGAGUCCCUCAUCUCCUCGACCACCUCUUCUUCGUCGUCGGCUUCUUCUUCUUCCGCCCCUUCACUGUCCUCCUCAGCUGCUAAAUGCGCCCCGCUUCCUCCAGGCCACAUGGAGGCCUCGCUGGCCCCGGUGCAGUGGAGCUCUGUGGGGGCCGCAGGUGGGGCCCCCUGCCCCUGUGGAGUCUGCAGACUGCCCAGAUUCAACCACUCCAAACCUGCUCCCAGAUUCCCAAAGUGAAGACUCGAAGCCUGCAGGGGGAUUUCUCUAUGAUUGUUGCACAUUAUGCAAGCUUUUUUAUAGGAAUUAGUAUUUUUCUAACAGUUUAACGUCUUCAUGAAAUGUUACUACACUACUCACAGUUUUGUUCUGAUUUUAUCCGAGCACAUUAUGCUGUUCUGCUUCGUAUUAUCUGUAUGUUUUAUCACAUAUUCUUGGUUUUAACAUGGCAUUAUUUUUCUUCUCCUUCACCACAGACAAGCAAGAACCUCAUUCGAUGAGUUUUUUCUUGUUUAUUGAAUGUAACACACAUUUCCAAUUAUCGACCGAACUGCAUCCAACUAUUGUAAACUAUUGAAAUUGUAACAGAAGUCGAAAAGCUUAGUCUGACCUUAAAUUGAAUCAAAUGCUGUUGUUGGCUGCAAAUUUUAGCUGCAGCUGCAGAGGAAUAGGUUUUUUACGUCUUUCUGACGAACCUGAACAUGUUCCAAUCUGUUGUGCAUUUUGGUUUCUAUCUUUAUAUUGUUUAAAGCGACAUACUCAGAAUAAAGAUUCACAAAGUCAAA